AGAAUUCAGCCCGAGGGAGAAAAAACAACAACCAGGAAGUUUCUCAGAGGAGGAAACGAAGCCGCGCUGGUGGAGUACAUACUUGGAAGUCUUAAACAUACUUUUAAAGUAUUUAAACAACAACUUAAACCUUUGAAAAGUCCAUUUGGUUGCGGUCGAAGGGCAUUGACUCCAACAACAUGGACAUUGAUCAGGAGCGUGGGGGUGUGGAACAUGAACCAGAGUCCAAGGACAAGGUGCAGACCUUGAAGGAUCAGGUAGAUGGAGUGAAAAACAUCAUGACGCAGAAUGUGGACCGGAUCCUGGCCCGAGGAGAGAGACUGGAUGAUCUAAUGGACAAGUCAGAGGAUCUGCAGGCGGGGGCUCAGCACUUCAAGCAGACUUCUCAGAAAGUAGCUCGCAAUUACUGGUGGAAGAAUGUGAAGCUGAUCGUGGUCAUCGUGGUGGUCGUCCUCAUCAUCGUUCUCAUCAUCAUCCUGCUAGCAACCGGAGUGAUUCCUGUCGGCACUCCAUUGCCUUCAAUCACUCCAACCAAAGCACCAUAAACGCCCUCACACGAAUGAAGAACAGAUCAACAU